AUGAGAGAGAAGAAGUCAGCACUGCCCGACGCGACUUCCCUCCAGCACACGGUCGCGUCGCAGCUGGGUGGCGCCACGAGCACAAUUCUGCUCUACCCAGUCGAUGUAAUACGGACGCGUUUCCUUUCGCAAGACGGCACACGUACGCGUGAGCACAACGGCGAAACGUAUCGCAGCAUCACAAGGGCGUUCCAGCUCGUCUACCGAGAGGAGGGUGGUCUGCCUGCCUUUUUUCGAGGCUGCCAUGUUUCCGUGUGUGGUACAGUGUGCGCAUGGGGUGUUUACAUGUACCUUUAUCGCCUCCAGUGUAGCUGGUAUGCAGCGUGGCAGGCGAAGCGUCAUGAAACCCACCGCAGCAGACGCGAUUUGGUGGCGUUGUCAGGCGAAGACUCCUUCGCCGCCCUGUCCGCGGCGACAUGGCAAAACCUUCUUCAGCGCUUCGGAUUUUCAAUUAUCGCCAGCUGUACCUCAGCACUGGCGUGCAAUCCCAUAUGGCUGCUCAAAACACGCAUGCAGCUGGAGGAGGCUUCCGCGCGGACAGCGGGCGUGCCGCGCCACUUCCUGACGUUCCGCGACGGGCUGCUACACACAGUGCAGACUACUGGAGUGCGUUCCCUGUGGCGUGGUGUGUCGGCGCAAAUAAUGCUUGGCGUUCCAAACGCCUUCAAUCUUCCCUUGUACGACACAGUCAAAGCAGCGAUCAUGAGAAUCAGAGUAAAGAACGAGUUGUCCGUUCUUGACGUGGGUGUCUCGUCUACCGUGACAAAGGUCCUCCUGGCACUCCUUUGCCAACCGCUGGUCGUGGUCAAGACACGCUUGCAGGAUCACCGCGCGCGCGCAGGGGAUGUUCACUACCAGUCUUUUCUGCAGUCGACCAAGACCAUCUGGCAGCGCGGCGGACUGGUGGCCUUCUACCGCGGCACCGUGUCGUCAAUGUGCCAGACAGUCCCUCGCUCUGUUCUUCUGUUUGUCUUCUACGAGCAGUUUCUAAAGGUGGCAAAGUACAUCUCAUGA